ACGACGAUAGAUUUGAUCACGAAGGACAACGCGUCCCGUCGCUGAGAGUGUUUAUACAAAUUACAAGUUUGUACAUUUUUGUUUCGAGAAUAAAUAUAUGUAGAUUAAUCUUGCCAUUUCGCCAUCAUCGCUAUUCCUCAUUCGUUGCGAUUUUGCGACGCGUACUCACGUAUUUUCCGAACGUCGUUCGAUUUGAAUUCACGCGUAAUUGCCGCGCAGUCGUGUCGCGAAUUAAUAAAAUAAGUCACGAGUGCCGGAGUGUGUGAAACAUGUGUUAGGUUUUUUUUUAUCACCGAAUGUUAUCUUUUCUGUGUCCUAGUUGUAUGACACUGACCUCUCUCGCGCCGCAGCUACGCAUACUACGACAAAAGUGACCCGAAAAAUUAUUUAUCUCACCUAGUCUCCGAGAGACAGGACCAGACGAAAACACCGACCUCGUCAUCUCUAUCAGGCCCCCUUCUUCCGUUUUCGCACAGGUAAGUCAAAGGCUAACGACGUGACGAACACAGUCCACGGUUUUUGUUCUCUCCCCGAACGCGUUUCGCGAUUGAUCGCUGUAAGCCGAAAUGGCCUACGGUAUGUUGCACGUCGUCAGGGGUCUCCACAAAAAUGCCCUGAAGACCACCGCCGCCGCCAGACGGACGGCCCAGUUUGAGGUCUCAAACGAUACAUGGAGGGUCCUCCAAAGUAACAAACCUACCUGUCUAAGGAGGGCAUUGUCAACAGUUACCAUUUCUCAUCCGACAUCGCUUUAUAGUUCAUCUAAUAGACGGUCUUUUGAUCAAUGCCGCUAUUUUCAAACAAGCGCAAUCCUCUGGGAAGAACACGUCUUGAAGACACCAGCUUUUGCCGAUUCAGUCUCUGAAGGUGACAUGAGGUGGGAAAAAAAUGUUGGAGACACAGUAGCAGUAGACGAAGUAGUUUGUGAAAUUGAAACAGAUAAAACGUCAGUUCCUGUUCCUUCACCAGUCAAUGGAGUUAUUGAAAAACGACUUGUUGAAGAUGGUGCUACUGUUAAAGCUGGACAAGACUUAUGUACAAUUACCAUUACGGAAGGAGCACCCGCCAAAGCAGCUCCUAAAGUUGAUGACACCCCUAAAACUGCAGAAUCAGUAACACCUGUGGCUGCAACAGUAGCUGCUCCUGCUCCUGUAACACCUCCCCCACAGGCACAACAAUCGCCACCACCACCUCCUCCACCAAGAGUAGCUGCACCACUAGCAGCUGCCCCCCAAAUAUCAAAACAACAAGCUGCCAUUGUUAAAUUACCACCAGCUGAUCCCACCAAAGAGAUAACUGGAACUAGAUCAGAAUACCGUGUUAAAAUGAAUCGUAUGCGAUUACGUAUCGCUCAACGUUUGAAGGAUGCUCAAAAUGUUAAUGCCAUGUUGACCACUUUUAAUGAGAUAGAUAUGAGCUCGAUCAUGGAUUUCCGUAAAACUAACCUUGAUGCUUUUCAAAAGAAGCACGGUUUGAAAUUAGGUUUCAUGUCUGCAUUCUUAAAAGCGUCAGCUUAUGCCCUACAAGAUCAACCAGUUGUCAAUGCUGUAAUAGAAGGCAAUGAAAUUAUCUACAGAGAUUAUGUAGACAUAUCUGUAGCUGUAGCAACUCCCAAAGGUUUAUUAGUGCCUGUUGUGCGCAAUGUACAAGAUAUGAACUAUGCAGAUAUUGAAAAAACUAUUGCUGCUCUUGGUGAAAAAGCAAAAAGAGGUGCUAUUGAUGUUGAAGAUAUGGACGGUGGUACUUUUACUGUCAGUAAUGGUGGAGUUUUUGGAUCUCUAAUGGGAACACCAAUUAUCAACCCACCACAAUCUGCAAUUUUGGGAAUGCAUGGAAUUUUUGAACGACCUAUUGCUGUUAAAGGACAGGUUGUCAUAAGACCCAUGAUGUACAUAGCCUUAACAUACGAUCAUAGACUUGUAGAUGGACGUGAAGCUGUAUUAUUCUUGCGCAAAAUUAAAGCUGCCAUUGAGGAUCCUAGAAUAAUUGUUGCAGGAUUAUAAACAACAAAAUAAUUUGAAGCCAGCCGUACUUAGACAUAACAAGCACUUAUUAAUUUAAUUAUAUUAUAUUGAAUUUAUUCCUAAAAUAUUCACAAUUUUUUUUUCACUCAUUAAUAUGUAAUUCUCUUCUUAUCGCCCCUAUCAUUGUUUUAUGUGUAUAGUUAAUGUAAAAAAUAUAAAUUGUUUAUACUCAUUCAAACUAUAUAAAAUUGAAAACGAGCAAAACA